UGAGAAUCUGAUAUCGAAGCCAGACCGUGGGUUGGCGUUGGUUUCUAGCCAUGGUUUUCGGUUUGUUGAUUUUUUGCUGUACGUCCAUAGUGAGCAGUUUUCGGAGGACUUUGUGGGCAAGAGAGUCGUCAGUGCUGCUUUCUCUUUUCUCUUCGGUUUGGAGUAUUUUCGGGGAUGAUAUUGGAUGUGGUCGUGUCGAGCAGGAUCGUCGCAGUCCGUUGUCGCCAUCCGUCGGGGCUAAAUGUGCAUUUGUACAGUGUAGAUGUUUGGUUUUAGAGCUUUAGUGUCCUGCCAUACUGCUAAUAAUAACACUAAUAAGAGGAAGAUAGGAGCAAAAUCUAUAGAGGAGCCACUCUAGCGGAAAACAUAGUUACCAAGAACAAAAGGAGCGCUGUACAUACUCGUACUGAAGAAUUCCGUCGUUUUGUGCUAUAUUUUUUAUAACAGAAAGCUGAAAAAAUAUCUGUAGAAAUAUAUUGUUAUGCGAUUAGAUUCUGUGCAAUCGAAAAAAAAAUAGUCCUGAAAGGGCUGGUGCAAAACGCAAUUAUCGAUCUCGUUCUCGUGUCUGACAAUACAUUUUAUUAUCUCUGCCAGAUUUCUUUUGAAAAAAAGUGUUAUUGUGAUUAAUUUUAUAUGCAAACGAAAGUUAGAAGAAGUUGUUGAAAAAAAAUAGUUUGUUUUGGGAAAUCGAUAACCCUAACGGAUAGGAACGUCGCAAAGAAAAUACAUCUAGUGAUGUAGAUUGAGAUACCGUUUGAAAUAGAAUUCUCAAAAAUGUGCAAGUGAAUAUUUUAGAAACACAAAAUUUCAAGCGGAAGCCAGCUGUAACCAUGUGAAGCAUUCCCUGCUGUUAGAACAAUUCAACAAUCAUCAACGCAUCCUCUGCCGAAAUCCCGGAAGAAAUCAUGGUUGGUAAUCACCUUUACAUAACGAGUGUCUCUGCCGUGUUGGUGUGAACCGGAACGGCGAAACAGAAGAAAAUUCAAGUUGAAGGACGCUCCCUUAUAACCCACGUCGGAUUCAGAAGUGAUUGAUCGAGAAAAGGAUUCGAAGGACCUCGAAGAGAAAAGAAAAUACUCGACAGAUGUAAACAGAAAAGUGAAUACCAGUGAAACAGGAACAGUACAGUUGAAUAUUUUGCCUACAUACCAAUACAAAAAUCAAUAUUCAGUGCCUGAGAAAUAGCAGUGAAAAAGUGAGAAAUCGAAGGAAAAUAUUUACUAUAACCAGAAGAGUUAGUUUUAUCCAGAGAAGAUAUUAUAAAAUUACACACCGAAACAUCACCCAUAUCCUCACAAAAGCAAAGUGCGACAAAGAAGGAAAUCUGAAACCAUCCAUUCGGAAGCCCACAACCGUAACCAAUAGCCAACAAUUGAAACUCAAUUAGCCCACAGAAAGCACAGCAUAAAACAUUAAGAAUCUGAAACAAAAGUUAAAAUUACACAGAAUGCGAAGCAGUAGCAGUAGUUCUGAUUCAACUAUCUCAGAGCAUAAAUCCAUCAGCAUGUAUGCGCAUUAGAUGCCCUCGUCCGUUUGUUGUUCAUUGCAAAUUGAGUGUAUUGGCGCGUGAGGUUAAAUUUAGCACGCCUACAGCCGCCGCCUAAGACGACACGCAUUGUAAGAGGUUAUUGAGCAACAGUGUGGCCCUAUCAAGUCGUUUAUAAUGGAGCAGAAGCAUGGAGAUAAGAUGGUUGUAAUGUAAAUCGUGCACCGUCAUCAUCGAAGCAACGAAAGCGCACAUACACUACCGACAUAGAAGUUGUGCUCUGCUAGUUGUACAGCUUUUGAGGCAGGAUAUUUGCAUACAGAUUGCCCACUAAGGUGUGUGUUGUAUGAUGUUUGUUAUUGUGCCGAGAUCAGCUGAAUUAGAGGCCUUGCAGCGUGGAGGCGAAAGGGAGUGAAAGUGGUACCUAUCUAUUUAAACCCUGACAACCAGCGCAAUUUUUAUCGCGAAUCGCAGCACUAUUUUCUAUAUUUAGACACGUUUGUACACAGCAUAGAACAGCUUGAUUGGGAGUAGACUGCUGCUGCUGCUGUAGCUGCAGGACGACGGGGGUGAUACAUAGUGUAAGCUGCAUCUACGUGUUAAAGCUUCAGUUUGCUGCGCUUCAAUGAAUUCGAUUCAGCAGUUGCUGCUGUUGGUGCAAACGACGACGUUGGUGGGAGGUGCAGGACUAGCAUUUGGAGCAGUGUCCUUGAGAGCUACCCACGUGACUGGUGAAACUAAAGGAGGAACAGAGCGGAAGUAGACAUUGUCAGGAUGGAGCAUAUGGACCUGCCACGGGAACCGUCCAAAGAGGGGGAGGUAGUGGAGCAAAUGAAAGGAACAACCCAUCAGCGGAACCGAAGCGAAUGUGAUGAAGUGAUCUGUGAUAGAAGCAACGUUGUUACCAAUAACGAAUGUUUAGCAAUGAAUAAUAGUACAGGAGAAGAUGGUGGAGUUGGACCGGAAGUUAACGCAUGUGACAUUAGUCAACGACCGUCGUUGUACAACAAUCAAGCUCUAACCUGCAGUCGGAGCAAUGUGGCGAUAACGCCCUUGUCGAUAUCCAACGGUGGUAUAGAAAGCUGCUGCAGUUCAGUGCAGCGGCUCGAUAACUGUGUCGACCCGGAUGAAAUUAGCAAUUACCUAAGCAUAAACAAUAGUCGUAGCAGUAGCUGUUGUGAUAUUCCCGAGGAAACCUCGCCCAUGAUAAACGGUAGACGGAGAAGCAGAAAUGGUGUCGAAGAUGACUUGGAAGCAGGCGUGCAUAAGCAAACGGUUAACCUACAGCGAGAACCGCGACGGCAUGAAUCGGAUUCGUCCGUUUGCUGCGACAUUGAAAUCGAUACAGGUGCUGAAGAGGACGAAGAAGAGGACGAUUCGAUGCUUACGUCGACCAAUUCGGCCGCGACUACCGCUACCAUAACGUCCAAUAAGUCCCAACUGAACGUCCCGGAUGUUCUGACUGGGCUGGACACUAGUGUUAAUAUUGUUGAUAACCCUGUUAGUGAUAGCAACGAAAAUAGUGUUAGUCAUGCGCAUAGUGGUGGCAUAGGUGGAGCGCCGCCGCAUAGUAAAAUAACAACGACGCCUUCGAACCUAAGCAAUUGUAGUGGACUGCCAGCUGUGACCAUGGUGCAGCUCAAGCAGAAGCAGAAUCUCAUCUACUUUCUGCGGGUGAUCUUCAAUCAUUGCAAGAGUUCCGGUAUCGGUGAGCCUAGCGUGUAUCAUGCCUUAGUUGUGAUAUUUUUGGAAUUCUUCGCGUGGGGUCUGCUCACGAUGCCCGUGAUAAAUGUACUGAAUCAGACCUUCCCCGCUCACACAUUCCUGAUGAACGGUCUGGUCAUGGGCAUCAAGGGCAUCCUAUCGUUUCUAAGCGCCCCGCUCAUCGGUGCACUGUCUGAUGUGUGGGGCCGAAAGUUUUUCCUACUGAUAACAGUGUUCUUCACCUGCGCCCCCAUACCGCUGAUGUCAAUCAACUCGUGGUGGUUCUUCGCAAUGAUCUCAAUCAGUGGAGUGUUCGCUGUAACCUUCUCGGUGGUGUUCGCCUACGUGGCCGACGUAACGACCGUGGAGGACCGUUCCCGGGCGUACGGUCUGGUGUCGGCCACAUUUGCUGCUAGCUUGGUCAUUUCACCUGCCCUCGGCGCCUAUCUGAAUGACAAAUAUUCAGAACCUCUUAUAGUAGCUUUAGCGACAGCGAUCGCAGUCCUAGAUGUAUUUUUUAUCCUAGUGGCAGUGCCGGAAAGCUUACCGGAAAAGGUGCGGCCCAGUUCGUGGGGUGCACCGAUUAGUUGGGAACAGGCCGAUCCCUUUGCCGCAUUACGGAAGGUCGGUUUGGACCAGACCAUUCUAAUGCAGUGCGUGACAGUAUUACUAUCCUACUUGCCAGAAGCCGGACAAUAUUCGUGUAUCUUCGUCUACCUAAAGCUGAAGAUGCACUUCAGCUCGGUAGAUGUGUCCAUCUUCAUUGCCGUCGUUGGUAUACUGAGCAUACUGGCGCAGGUUAUUCUAGGUGAUCUAAUGAAGGUACUUGGUGCUAAGCGUACUAUAAUAAUAGGAUUACUAUUUGAAAUGCUACAGCUGCUGUGGUAUGGUUUUGGCAGUCAAACUUGGAUGAUGUGGGCUGCCGGAAUCCUAGCGUCACUUGCGUCAAUUACUUAUCCAGCCAUUAGCGCAUUCGUCUCGAUACACUCAAAUCCAGAUCAACAAGGCGUUGUUCAGGGCAUGGUGACGGGAAUGCGUGGCCUGUGUAAUGGGCUUGGGCCGGCCAUGUUCGGUGUCAUCUUCUACGUUUUCCACGUAGAUCUGAACGAUGAGCACAAUGCAGUGGCCAGUUUGAACUCGGCGGUCGGUGGCAGUGCCAUUGGAGUCGGCAGUGGCAGCGCCCUAGGCAGUUUAGAUGGUAGUAAAUUCGUACGGAACGAAACACUGCACGGUUUGGGUGGCAGUCAUCACAUCAUUGAGGAUGAGUACUCACAACUGAUGCCCGGUCCACCGUUUGUGUUCGGUGCACUGAUGGUGAUCUGUGCAAUUGCCGUGGCAGCAUUUAUCCCGGAAGCGCCCAGCGAUAGCAUCCGGCGACCUUCGGGUGAGAAAAAAAGACUAUCAGUGGACGUGGACUAUGAGUACGAACGGGGUCGCAAGGUAGCUGGGCCACUGUCACCUCUGAUGCAUCAGGAUUCUGCUCAGCUAUAGUUUUUCCUGUAAGAGUCGAGAAUAGUACCUACCAAAUACAGCAAGCAGCAGGCUGAUAAUCAGAGAAACAUCUUUGGAGGAACCACAGAGCAACAAUAGUCUCUUUAUCAUCAGUUCACGACGACACGACGUCCCAUUGGACGCUGCAAAGUAUACCCCAUGUACACAAGUUUUCGUUUAUAUAUAUUUUAGUUGUUUUUAAGUAGUUGAAGAUUGAAAAGUUUUUUACGUGUGGAACAAUAAAAUCACACACGCGCAACUGAUAUCCUUUGAAGAAGUGUAUUUUUUUUACGGCGAAAAACCUCAUUCCCAAUUUGUCCGAAUUUCAAUAACCGUUUGUAUCCGCUUCAAAUUGUUUCCUGGAGCGGAGAUUGUUUGUAUGCUAAUCGAAAAAAAGAAGAAGUUAAAAACGAUUAGAUCGAAGCUUUAAAUUUGAAUCAGAAUUAAUAUAAAAAAGAAGAAAAAAGCAUCUAUUAAGUAAUGAUUAGCAUUUUUUAGUGUUCACGCAAUCGAUUCGUAUGCAUAAUAGUAUUUAGUAGCAAGCAACGAUGAUAUGUGGUAAUAAACAAGGAGGAAGCAUAUAAGGCUUUUUUUCGUUCGUAGGUCAACAAGAAUAAUUAAAACAACAACAACAACAAUGAAGACAAUGCCAUUAGUCUAGUCAGCGAAUUCCUUUUGUUUUUCAAUCUUGUGUUGUAGGUAUGCGGAGAAAGUUAAUUUUGGGCUUAUUUUUUUCUUAACUAAGAGAUGCAAAUUGGACAAAUUAUUGUUUGACGGAAAAGAGUAUACUGGAAUAGAAGAAUGAGAAAUGAGGUGGUUUGAUUUCUAGCAGCGCUUGUGAAGAUAAAAAAGAAAAAGAGGAAAUAACGACGAAUGAAGACUUGUUAUUACUACCUACUACUAACGAAAGAGUGAUAAUAGGAAUGUAAGGAUUUUUUUUUUCGUUUCGUAGGAAAUGGUUUGAUAACAAAUUGAAGCAGGACUGGUCUGGAGAUAGGAAAUGCGUAUAAUAGUUGUUAGAGAUAGGUAAACAAAACAGUUGGAAACUUGUACAAUCCGUUGAUUGGUGUGGAAUGAAAAGUUCUGAUUUUACACAUGCAGAAAGGUUGUACGGACGGUGUGGAUUUCACUUUUUGAUUUUUUUUUACUCAUGAAGACUCUACCUCGAGUUAGCUAGCCUUUGGGGUGUUCAAUCAGAUACUUUUUUUUUUUUUAUUUUAGGAUUUGGGACUGCUUUUUAAAGAUCAUCUUAUUCGGAAAUAUUACGGUCUCUCGUAGAUAAUAACAUCUUGAAGGCACAAUUAGUUAAUGAGUAGCUGAACAAGCAAUGAAAAUCAAACAACUUCCUGAAUGCUGCACCAAUUUUCUCCUUGCUUGUGCCGUGCCUGCAAUAAAUUUCAGCUUUUGUAUCGUCCUCCUUUUCUUGACAUAUGACGUUUAAAAACCUGGAACUUUUGUCUGCUCUUUGCCUAAUUGGUAUUUUUGUUGAUGAUUUCAGCAGGUAAUAAUUGAGAGCUUAGCAUUGCGAAAAUUUCCAUUUCGAAAGGUUACUCGACUUGGUGGAGGUCCUAUUACAUAUUAGAGAUGUGAUUGGCUUUUUUUUGGUCAUACUCCAUUAGUCCGAAGUUUGAGAACCCUUGUUUCAGAAGCAGUAAUGCCCCCAGAACUGGAAUUGUAUUCCUGCGCUAGCACACAGAGCUUGAGUGAUUAAUGUUUGCUCAAAAAUUUAUCAGGCCCAUUUUGUCCCGCGAGCAAACUAUUUUAUUUCAUAUGGUAAAUUUGCAUUGUAGUACCUGACAUGAAAUUCAAUAAUUUCGCUACUUGUUAGCUCAUUAAAAAAUAAAGUUCACCCUCAUGCUCUCUUUAUGUACCGAGCGAAGGUGCUCAAUGAUCACAUUAUCACUUAUUGACAGGUUUCAACAAUGCAAACAAUCAUGGGCAACCCGGAAACAACUCAUCAAGUUCACAUAAAUAGCAAUUAUUUUCGGCUUAUGACAGUGAGCAUUUUCAAUACCCAGAAGCUAAAGACGAGCUGUAAGAAUCUGCUUAUCAAAUUAAUUGGAUUUUAGAUUUAAAUUUCUUCUGAUAGUCCCUUCUGAUGAAGUACUUCUCUGGUAACCAAAAUGUCAGCCAAUUCGCCAUUUGGCUUCAUAGACCUGUUCCACGGCUAACAUAGGACUUGUUAGCUUUAAUAUCAGCCUUAUUCAGCUGAAAGGCGGCUUGUUGGUUAUUUAGAUUAAAAUUUAAAUUGGAACAGAAACAGCUGAAUUGUUUUCAUAAUCCAGUACCUUGCUAAUAAGUAUUUUUUUAAGCUGAAAGAUAGUUUUAUCAAUUUAAAAUUUGCUUGAAUAAGCACCAUCCAGCACCAGGAAGUCUACAGUCAAUUUGAGAAAAAGUUAUGAGUAAAUUUACCGCCCUAAUUUUACUCCCGUUUAUACAUGAUCCCUCAAUACAAACGAAAGACGCAAUAAUCACAGAACGGCGACAGGCAGAUAAGAAAAGUUAGUCCAAAGAUUAAUAACGAUUAGUUAUCUAGCAAAAAGAGAAGGAACUAGUAGAACUAGUGCAUAAUAAACAGAAGAAACAAAACAAUUAACAUAAACAACACAAAGAGAAACAAAAGAUAUCCUCUAUUUGUAUAUCAAAAACAAUAAAAUCAACAAAAACAGCGGUACGCAGGUGCAAAACAAAAACUCUUGCAAGCAAAAAAUGUUCGAUAAGUUCUGUUGGAGAAUUUUUAUUCGAAAUAUACCU